AUGUCUGAACAGACUAGUGAUUAUUUGGCCAAAAGGCUUCAACAAAACUGGAUGAAUCGCUACCCGGAUAAACCAAGUCCCCAACCUCACGGAACGGACCCGGACGAUUCACUGACGAAUUUGAAUUGGUUGCAAAAUAUCAAUUUGAACAGUUUCGGACCAGAGGCACCACUUUCACCUCCGCCCAAUCGUCUGCCGGGAUCGCCCAUAGCAUCAUGUCCCUUGUCACAACAAUCGCAUUUCUCAUCAUGUCCUGGUGUCCCGUUAGCUCCAUUUCAAUUGCCCAUCAAUGUCACUUCAGCUAAACCAACACAAAAGCUUUCAACAUUUGGGAGUAGUCUUCGAAUACAUGACGACUUUAUCACUUCGUCAAAACCCGCGAUUCGUAGUCGUAUUUUAUCCAAUUCCGGUCAUGCGCGAUCAAACGCAUUACAUCAUUCACUUCCCUAUCCCAGUCUGGCAACAAGUCGGUCACCAAACACAUUUGGAUCCGCUCACCUACUGACUCGUACAUUACUGUCCUCGGCACACGCGCUACGUUCCUCCACUGCCCAGUUGGCUUGGAACUAUCCAACCCCGGUCUAUACAUCUGAUCACCCGUCGAAAGUGGGAAACCAAACUGACUAUCAGACCGGAGUUUUACGACAAGCAAACCAUUCUGGACUUUAUGCGAGUACUGAAUCCAUUUGUCAAUAUACUGGUCACCUAAAUUGUUCCAACACUGGUCUAGUUUAUCCGAACCCAAACUCUAACAUAUGCUCUCCGGAAGUACUCCUAUUCCGAACAAAUCCUAUAACAACACGUGACCGAAUCACUGGUUCUCCGGCCAUGUUGUGCGCCUACGGUCCAUUCUAUUCCUCUUGUUCGUCCUCUACCUCUUCUUCAUCCUCCUCCUCAUCUACAUCAUCUUUAGCAACAUCUGCUACCCCAGCAAUGUUAACGCGUCCCGAUAUGGGCCUGAGUCACACGCUUCCCUUCACUGAAUUAAUUGACGUAUCUGAAUCCGGUUUGUUCGUCACAAUGGACACAAUUGAUCCAAAUGAACGUGAAGCCUAUCGAACAGAUCCGAGCCUUUGUCCACCUUAUUCUCUUCACACCCUGAUUUACAUGAGUAUACAUGAAAUGAAACGACACAAGUUCACACUCAACGAUAUUUGCUCGUGGAUUCGAGAACAUUUUGCCUAUUUUCGAGUGAUCCAAUCAAACUGGGAGGACAUUUUUCGCGAGAAUCUAACCACAAGCCGCUGUUUUCAACGUGUGCCUCGCCGUAAAGAGGAACCCGGAGGGAAAGGGGACUUAUGGAGACUGAACCCUGAGUUUCAAUCCCAAUUAGAGAAUAAAAAAGUUAGCCCGAAAUUCUUGUCUGCUUGGCAAACCACAGUCACUUGUUCACAUCUGAAUUAUGUAUCCCAAAAAGAUUCGCGUCUCUCAGGCGACAGUGACAUUCACCCUGAAAGUAGCAUGGCUAAUGUAUCCACAUAUCGGUGUUCACCAAAAGCACUGCGGCGUUACGGUUCCCUGGAUCAAAUAGAUGAUCCCCAUGAAGUGCAAAACGGUUUUGGGAAACGUAAGCGCCUUGGAAGUUUCCAGCGUCAAACAUUACACUCGGAUGGCAGUUCUUUGAACGAUACUGCUUNUUCCAGUUGUGCAUCCAGUUCUUCUCCACCACUUUCGGAUUUGUACACACCUCCACCACAUUUGGUCCCAGAGGUGGAUGAGAGCUUAUCAGCACAAAUUAUUCAUCCGUCGAGCACAAUGGAGUCAUCCAGUCUGAUUACUACAGUCCUCCCACAGGAUUGUACUACUUCCGAUGUUGCGGCAUUCCGCUCCAGAGAUGAGUCUGAUUCACCCCAAGUACUUUCAUACCAUGGUGAUUCGGAACCAACUCCCUAUCCAAGGGAAAUUGACGAUCGAUCCAUGGAACUCGGUGCGGAUCAAGAUUUUUCGGAAAUGGAUGCAUUUCUUCGCACAGUAAUGCUGGAUCCGUCUUCGCGACUUCCCGAUGAGGAUGGGACAGUCCAAGCAAUCACCGUAGAUGCCAACUGUGCCGCAGAAUUUCCUAAUACCUGCAGCCCACCAAGUCAUAUCCCUCCAUUGGACAACAUAUCUACCACAUCGGAUCCCAUAGAUUUAACUAUAAGAGGCGUCGGUCUGAAACCCCUAUACGACUGGUGGUCAUGUAAUUUAUCCGAAUCCAUCACAGAACUGUUCGCGGAUUCCCUAGAAAUGCCAGAACAAGUUGUUGAGCCAGAUUCACUAUCCAGCGACCGAGUAGACUGUAGCACCGACCAAACGAUCAGAGGCAGUGAUGUGACAACAGUCGAAACGGAAGCAACUCAACCGAUUCCUGAUUCGACACUAGCCGCAUUGCCUAGAAACACAUCAACUCCGGGUACACCUCUCUCGGUCGGAAUCGAGCACUGGAUUGACGAACAAUUGAACUUGGAAGAAUUAGACAGUAUUCUGGGCUUAACAUAG